AAGGAUUCCAGUGCGUGUGCCUCAUCCCCAUGUGGGCAUUAUGGAACGUGUAUAGAUACAUGUACCGAGGGGUCUGGGUUCAAGUGUAUUUGCACUGAAGAAAGGACUGGAGACAAAUGUCAGCACAAUAAAAGUGAGUAGGCUGUCCAAUCAAACUGUUGAUCCCACCCCCUUGCUACCGGUCCCACCCCCCCUAACCCUAACCCACCCCUCCCACCCCACCCCCCUUCCAGCGGUUUAUUUUAUUAUAAUUUUUUUUUCAAUUGUGAGUAUUAUCUGCUUUCCUUGGGGCUUAUUAAGGAUAAUUCACAACUCUGGGAUUGAGAUUAUUAUUUUCAUUAUUUGCUCUUAUUGUUGUUAUUGUUAUUGUGCAAACAAACUUGGUUAAUAUGUUAGUUUGUCUGAAGUUUAAUGCUUAAGACUUUCAUUGUUUCUAGUCACGUGGUACAGAAACACUAAACUGAAAAGCUAGCAACAAAAGAAACAAUAAAUCAUCUUGUCUACAGCAGUCCCAAAAUCAUAGUGUUGCUUCUUGGCUUGCUCUUUGUCAGGGAAGAUUAUGAUCGUGUGAACAAAUGAAAAAGUGUUUAUUAUUUUAAAUUUUUUUUUUUAAAAAAAGCUACCGUGCAAGAUUAUAAGGUUGUCUUCCCAGAAGAAAGCGUGACAGAUUUCAUCAUGGCUGACAUCACGGAGACAUUGUCACAAUUCACGUUAUGUUUGUGGGCAAAUAUUGUCUCUCCUGGCUGGAGCACCUUCUUUUCUCACGUGUCCUCUGAUGGUGAGGAGGAGUUAAUGUUAAGGUGUCAGAAUGUGUCGCUGUGCCAGCUGGGGUUGAUAGAGCAGACGAAGUAAGAACAACUUAAAUUGAUGCAAUGAUCAUAAAAAUUAACUAUUUAUCAAAGGUUUUUGCUAAGUUAUUGCAGAAAAAAAUUUAGACAGUCAUUCCAAGCUAAAGGGUUGAUAAAUCUAUUUUACACAUUAGAGAAAGAUUGUGAGUCGUCUCUUCUUCCCCUAUCCUGGCCUCUCAUUACGUUUUGAACAAGUUGCGAUUUUGAGCGAAAAAAAUAAGGUCACACCACAUGAUCAAACCUGUAAAAAAAUGUUGCAAUGCACGGCCAAUUACUGUAUACCGAGUGCACUUUAAAAACAGACAGUACGAAAUAAAAAGGACAUAGAGAAAUCUUAUAUAAAUCUUGCUUCAGUACACAGGUCGCCCAGUCUUCUCAGUAUUUGCAAGUUAUGUUUGAGGUUUUUUAAAAAAAUCCCUUAAGUAUAGCUCCCUUUAAAAACUCUUGACCACAGGCAAACCAACUGAAAAACUAAAGAUCAGCAGUUUGAUGAUUCGCGAAGGAGACUUAGAUCGCGUUGAAACAGGCCAAAGCCGAUCAAUGGUUCGAUGAGAUGGGUAUCUGUCAAUUAAUCACGUGAAUUUUCUUCAUUAUUUCAGAUCAUUCUAUGUUGUCCCUUUCAACGACAGUUUUUGGCACCAUAUUUGCGUGAGCUGGGAGAAUGGCCAGGGUAUUUGGGAUGUAAUUAUUGACGGAGCAGUGAUGGCCCACGGAAGUGCUUGGCAUCAAACGUUGAAUCUGCGACCAGGAUUAUUGGUUGUUGGUCAGAGACAAACUAGUCAUGGAGGGGGAUUUACCUUAGACGAGUCUUUUGCUGGAAAAGUCGCCUCCGUAAACGUGUGGGACGUGAAAAUUGCUUUGAGUUUCAUCAAGGAAAUGGCGAAGACUUGUAGUCAAGUGUUAGGGAACGUAACGAAUUGGGCAAUGUUUCGGAAUGGCUUCAAUGGACAUGUCCAGGUUCGCUCGCCUCAUAGCUGUGUUUCACCACGUAAGUAAACCCAAUGAGCCUCGUUUGACCUUGUUUUGUUUAAUAGCUUCACUGCGAGAAUAGUCACGAAAUUUCGCCGCGCUAUCGAUAUGUAUUGCCAUCAUCUCUUUCCUUUUACUCAGCCGGUUACAGGUCCUUAGUGGGGACAGUAGUCUACCCAUUUAAGGGCCUGAUUACAUUGAGGUGGAGGACCCCAGGAAGGUGAGGUAACCCGCCUGUCCAUAUAAUCUCUCAUAUGGUCACCCCACCUAUCAUGUAAACGUGAUCAAAUUAAGAUGAGAUAUUGUAUGGACAGGCAGGUUACUGCACCUAAGCGGGUUACCUUACCUACCUGGGUACCACUGUCCCCAUGUAAACAGGCCAUUAAAUCACGUUUUCGGUGUUUUCCCCUCUUUUCGCGAAGUUUUGCUGGCGGGAACUACUAGCACAAUUUUUUUCCCACCCUCCUCCCCUUUGGCGACGUGUAUCCGUCCGCCUGUGUAUUUUCCGCUCAUUGCUAUCUCGGCAAUGAGUAGCUAUUGUCGCAGUGAAGAUGUAUUACUGUUUGUUUGUGUUAUAUUUCUCCGUCAAUUAAACUAGACUUAACGGCAUUUAAAACAUUCCGAGGCUCCCUAUCCCGAAAAAUCGCGAUCGUACGUACAAUCCUGGUGACGUUGAAACUAUCCUUCUAUACCGUUUAAUUAGUUAUCUUUUUUUAAACUUUGUUCCUUAAAAAAGACAAUUUCGUUUUCAGUGGCAGAAAAUGAAUUCAUUUUGGAUUUUCCAUCACGUCAAACAUCUGACUACGUCGAAACAACCAUCUCACAAACUCUAAGUCAGUUCACUUUCUCUCUUUGGAUGAAGCGAGGUUAUGAUGGAGAUCUUGAUGCUGGUCUUUUUUCCUACUCCACGUCACAGUUUGUAAAAGCGCUCGCAAUUAUAAUUGGAGGCGCUGGAGGCUCCAACCUGUAUGUUAUGACAAGCACGUAAGUCAGCAUUUUGUCAAAUGACUUUCACAUGGCUCUAUUUAUAUUUAGGUUGUGUUCUACUGGGAUUUAGAGUUUCAUGCAAAAUCGGUAUUGGCAAAUUGUCGAAGUCCCUACAAAAACAAUUUUUGUUGAGACGUGACUUUUUAAUGACGAGAAAUAUAUUAUUUUCCCGCCUGGGGGUAGCCAUAUAUUGAAAAAGGAGUCAAAACUCGUUUUACAUGGCAACGUCAAUGUUGAUGUGCACGUCACGAGGACUUUCAAAUAUUCCCAGAUAAACUGUAGGAAACGUCGUUAGUGGUCAUAGCGUGAAUGAUUUUGAAGUUUGAUAGAUCGAGUUAAGGUACAUUAAAACCGCCAUUAAUAUUUCUUGACAAGUUUUUGUGUUAAAUUUUAGGUCUAAUAAUUACCGUUUACCACCUACCACUGAUAACCUUUGGCAUCAUUUUUGCGCGACAUGGUCAAAUACCGAGGGUAAUGCUCGAGUCUUCUUUGACGGAGUAUUGAAAAGUUCAAGAUGGGGAUAUCGAGUAAACAUUGUGAUUCCAGCUGGAGGAAUACUGCGAAUAGGACAAAAUCAGAUAGCUUUCGGAGGAGACCAUAACCCUGUAUACAGUUACCAUGGUAAAUUUGCUCGAAUAAACAUGUGGAGUAAAGUCCUCGAUGACUCCGCCAUUGUUGCACUAGCGGGAGGGUCUGGUGCCGAGAAUGGAGACAUCAUUUCGUGGAGAGAUUUGCGCACAAGGACUCAUGGGAAUGUUGCUGUGCAAUCGGGCAAUCUACAACUAACAGGUGGAGGCUUGCUUAUCUAUUUAAAUAGUAUAAGAAACAAAGUAGCAAUGCAUAAUUUUUGCAUUAUUUACCUGGUAUUACCCCAAACCGUAAAAUCUUAUUAGGUUUCUCAGUAAAACGCCGACUUAGAGCUGAAGUCCCUUGUUGUUUUCUUUUCUAUCUUUCUUUUUCACUAGACUCUGACACCGAUCCUUGUCGGCCUUUGAAUGACACUCUCUUACUGUGUUUUUUUUUUUUUUAAAUGAAGAUAUGAUCGGAGGGAGAGAAAUGACGACAGGAAAUACGUAAACAAAAAUUCCUUGCUAAACCAUGGCUGACUGCGGGUUUAAGAAAAUCAAUCAGGGUAAAAAAUAACCUCUUCUAUACCUCAGACCGUGACAAAUACAAAUUUUACAGAAAUAAAAUCAUUUAUCUUACGAGAUUAAGUAAAGCGAACUACUACCAAAGUUUCUUUGAUCUCAACAUAUGUAAUAUGCGUCAAACUUGGAAAGGAAUUAAGGAGCUAAUUGGAAACUGUAAAAAGAAAAACAAGCGCAACUCAACUAACUCUAUUCGCUCAAACCCGAAUGAGGUUCCAACUAGUGACCCGAAGGAAAUAAGCAAUAUUCUUAACAAAUAUUUCGCCACUGUCGGGAGCAAACUGGCUUCUAAAAUUCCUCAGACCCUAAAUACAUUCUAUGAUUAUUUAGAUCCGCCACUUAAUCGCACUUUCUUCUUUGAUCCUAUUAUUCCGGAAGAUAUCAAUUUAGAAAUUUCAAUUUUGCAAGACAACAAGGCCCAUGGUCUCUACUCAUCUCCAGUUAGGCUGCUGAAAUUGGCAAAAAGGGUCAUAUCCGUACCUCUAGCCACGAUUUUUAAUCAGUCUAUUUGCUCAGGGAUUUUUCCAUCUAAACUAAAGUGUGCUAAGAUUAUCCCGAUAUUUAAGGACGAAGAUGACACGCUGCCCGAAAACUACCGACCUAUUUCUCUGCUCUCGAUUUAUAACAGGAUUUUUGAAAAACUUAUGUACUCCAGAGUUACCAAGUUUGUCAAAGAUUGCAACAUUCUCUAUGAUCAGCAAUACGGUUUUCGCAGUAAGCACAGUACUCAGCAUGCUGUACUUGAUAUUGUUAACACAAUUCUCCAAAACAUGGACAACGGUAAAUUUUCGUGCGGUGUUUUCAUCGAUCUCAAAAAGGCUUUUGAUACUGUUAACCAUGAAAUUUUGUUAGCUAAACUUGAAAAUUAUGGUGUUAGAGGUGUAAUCAACUCCUGGUUCAGAUCAUACCUGACUGAUCGGAAGCAAACUACGGAAGUUAAUAAUGUUGUGUCUGAGGCUGAAACGACCUUGUGCGGCGUGCCACAAGGCUCAGUCCUCGGACCACUCUUAUUCCUACUGUACAUCAAUGAUAUUUACAAAUCCUCUUCGUUAUUUGCCUUUUAUCUAUUUGCUGACGAUACUAGUAUAAUACUUGCAAAUAACAACCUAAAGGAACUCCAAACACUUGUUAAUCGCGAGCUUGGCAAAGUCAACGAAUGGCUAAAGGCCAACAAACUGUCCUUGAACAUAAAAAAAUCAAAUUUUGUAAUCUUUCGUCCCCGGCAAAAGAAUAUGCCCUUCAUACCUAGGAUUAGAAUUUUUGACUCCGUGACUAACACCUACGCAAACCUUGAAAUGAAAGAUUAUGUAAAAUAUCUUGGCUUAAUGAUUGAUUCAAAUCUUUCAUGGAAAUACCACAUCGAAUCUAUCUGUCACAAAAUCAGCAAGUCGAUAGGAAUUAUUGCUAAAAUUCGACAUUAUGUCCCGCGUCGUGUUUUACUUUCAGUUUACAACUCAUUAAUUGUCCCUUACUUGACUUAUGGUAUUUGUGGUUGGGGAAAUUGUGCCUUGACAUUUCAAAGAAAGAUCGUAACUCUACAAAAACGGGCCUUACGUCUCAUUUACUUCAGUAAGUCUAAGGAACACGCCGUACCCUUCUUUCUCAAAUCAAAUUGCCUUCCCCUGCCUAGCAUAUUUUUCAGAGAUUGUAGCUAUUUAUUGUAUGAUAUCAACAGACAGACAGCACCAGUUAGUAUUCUCAAUCAGUUCGUUAAAACAAGUCAGAUUCAUAACUACACAACAAGAUCUGUCUCUAGCGACUCGUUUUAUGUUAAGUUCUGUAGAACCGAUAAAAUGUAUGCCUUUUUCACGAGAAUCGGUGCCCAAAUUUGGAACUCUAUUCCGUAUUCGAUUAAAAUACUUAAACGUUCGUCCUUUCGUAAAAAAAUAAAGGAAUUAUUACUAAAUUUUUUGCGGUCAGAAGAUGAUUAUGUCGAAGUCUCCCGUCUUAUUAAGUUAUUUAAUACUUUAGGUUAGCCUCUCUUCGUAAUCGUUAUGUACAUGCCUUGUUUUAUGUUAGUUUAAAUUCUAUUUACUGUAUUCUAGUGUCUUCACUGUUAUUUAGUCCAUCUAUAUAUAAAUCUUGUUUUGUAAUAUGUCUUCAGCUCCCCCCGCCUCGAUUAGUUCAUAAGCGAUUUGCGGGUGGGAAAGUAAUGUAAUUAGUUAUUUUCCAAUUUUCAAUAAAAUUUGUUGUUUUGUUUUUUUGUUUUGUUAUACGUCUGCGGUUCGCAGGCUACGGCCCGAAGGGCUCCCAAAAAAUUUUCUUAGGUAGCAGCCUUGAUCAUUGUUUAGCACACAGCAAAUGAUAAUAGUAUAAAUGGAUUGGUAAAUAAUAAAUUUAAGUAAAUAAAAUUUAAAUCAAUAAAUAAAUUUUGGUUAUGUUAAUGGAUUUUAGUGUUCGAAAGUAGUCGCACGUAUUUUGUAAGUAGCCGUAUUUGCUCUAUGGUAUGAUAGAUAACAGAGUAGUCGUCGAGGAUAAUAUACUAGAAAUGCCAUAUAUUAUUGCAAUGUUUUAUAUCCCUGAUUUUUUUUAGCCCAGGAAAGUGACUAUGAUCUGAAUUUUGCGUCGAAAUCUACUGCUAAUUAUGCUGUUUACAAUGAGAUGCCUUCGCUGACCCAGCUGACUGCAUGUGUGUGGAUCAGACUGACUCAUCAGUCAGUACACUAUAUAUUUUCCUACGCCUCCAACUCCUCGCCAGAAGCCAUUGCGUUGGGUUAUUAUGCAAACUAUACUUCACUAACACGCCUUUACUUUAACAUCAACGCUUAUGAUUUUAAGUAAGUCGAUUUAUCUCGUUUAUGUAUCUCGAAGUCACUGGUUUUUACCAUUUACACUAACCAACCGGGUGGAAAUCGUGGGCAUGAACAUAAAACUAUAAGAUUUGACGUGGUUGAGAACGACCCGCUACAAUGUAUAUCCAAAUUGUCCGAACAAACUAAAGAGAGUUGAAAAAUGCAUCACCUCUAAUCACAGCCCAUAUUCUCUGAAGCUUGCCAAACGAAAUGGUGCAAACUAUUUGAUUUUCCAGCCGGAUUUUCAGGUUUUACCAUGUAAAUGGUUAAGUAUCCCAGGUGUACUCAGUACCAUUUACAUGAGAAAUCAGGAAAUUUUGGUUGGAAAAACAAAUGAUUCUCGUCAUUCCGUCUUAGGAGAGCUUCAAGAACACAUGGGCUGUGAUUUGAGGGGAUGCAAUAUUUGUACCCUUUUUAGUUUUUUCAGCUGAUUUGAAUAUACAUUGUAGCAGGUUGUUCUCCCACCACUUCAAAUUUUAUAGUUUUAUGUUUACGUACAGGAUUUCCACCCGGGUGGUUUGUGUAAAUGGUAAGCACCCAAGGUUUUCGUAUGAUGUAAAUGUUGUUAAGUGUAUUAUGGUGAAUGGGUGUGAGAAGCUUUUGAUUGCCUCGGCACUCUUUAGGCUCAGUUAUUUUAAUUAUAGUGACUUGCAAUUGUUUGCCAUUUUCAUAUUUGACACAUCUCAUGACAGGUCGAAAAUAGCGUUUCGGAGACACAUCUCAUGACAAAAGUAACUUUACGGGCCUGAAAUCAAAAUUCAAAUCGUUAAAGAAUAAGAGCGCGGGUCCUGGCUAGAACCCCAGACCCCCAUUAACUGACAGUUUUAUCGGGGACAAAAAAACUUUAAGCUAAACGGAGACCAUGCCCGUUAAUUAUAGAAAGGGACCUGAUAACCAAAUAGUACCCAAAUACAAGGUCUCGACCACGUAUAUAUCUUUGGAUACACCUUUUCUUUAAAGGUACCCCCUGGAUAGCUUUAAUAAAAGGUGUAGUUGAAAUUAAUGCUCAUAGAGAACCUUACUCGAGCACCGUGCCCGGGUACUAAGUGUGAUCGCUGUCUUAUUUUUACUUCUUGAUUUUUAAGGUAUAUUGACUUAUCCCCCGGACUUCAUCAUGGCGGGUGGCAUCACGUGUGUUUCACGUGGUCCAACUCUAAUGGAAAGUUGUGUCCGUUUGUGAAUGGAGAAGUGCUUACGUGCUUCACUGACUACAAAAUCGGUCAGACCAUUCCAGGAAACGGAAAGUUCAUUCUUGGACAGGAACAGGACGCCUACGGUAAGCUGUUCAAUCUACAACGUAAGACUUUUUCUAUAUAUUUAAAUUCUUGAAUUUGCUUUUAUCGACUAAGUUGAUAAAAUAGAUUAACCACUGUAACAUUAUUAAAGGGGCUAUAAUGUCACGAGGAUAUUGCUGUUUUUGGCCAUUUCUGUACUUAAACCAUUUUUAAUGUCCGCCAUUUUUCAAGUUCACAAUCAAAACAACUCAACCUCGUCCCCAGGUCUUCUCGGUUAACGGUGCCUUAACCUGCAAAAACGCUGCAUUUUUGACGUCAUUUUCUCGUUAAACACAAAAUUCUGCCAAAUUUGGUCAUCCGUAACUGGUUAUGGUGAAUUAAACGGGUGCUUUUAGCCAAUCAGAAUCGGGAAAAUAUUUUGAAUGAAUAAUAAUGCUCUUUUAGAGUUAUGAAGAAGACAUCAAACAAAUUUUAUAAGAGAGACCUUUGAACUCAAAGAACUUUGCACACAUAAGAGAUUAAACCCUUGGAUAUUCAUUCCCAUUUUGAGACAAGUACUAGCCGUUCAUUGAUACCUUAGAUUAAAAAAUCUUCGAAGAAAGUAUUCAAAAGCACACUGAAACGUUAUUAUGCUGCUCAGUACUAAUGCUCAUACAAUUUAUAAAUUGUACCUAUAUCCGUAAUUUGCUUUCCUACGAAUUUUAUUAUAUAUAUUUAUCCUAUAUUAUCUUCUUCCUUUAAGGUGUUUCGAUAUAGUUUUUCAGAGGCCAUACCGGUAUUUUUCAAUCGCUUUAAUUUCUCCUUGUCUGAUCGCUAUAAAAUUUUUACCAAUGACUGACUAUAGAUUGAAAUUUGUCAAAAUCUACGUUUUAGUAAAAUCGAUAUUACUAUGACAACAAUAAACAAAAAACUUUGAAAUUGAUAAACGCCUAAUUUUGCGCGAUCUAGACCUGCUACUGAAAAUCCAACACUAGGAACUUAAAGUUUGGUGUUUAGCAAAUAACCUCCGUGAGAAGUAAAAAAUUCUGUGUGUUUGAAUUCGACUAAAACGAAAAUAUAUUUCAAACCUUAAAUUUUCAAUAGCCAUGAUAGAUUAUUUUAAAAAAGCGUUAUAAAUGACUUACAUUAUUCUUAAGUAGCAUCAGAAUGUUGCUUAAAAUCAUAUUUUGAUGCUAGGAAAUUUUGGUGUAUUUUCGUUCCCGCGAUCUUAAAAACUAACCCGUUUUCUCACCACCUGUCGCGUCUCCCGUAUUCUUUUUUUUUUCUUCCUCGGCAAAAAUAUAAAUCAAUGCCAUGAAAAUGAGUCUUAAAUUUUCUACACUAUUUGCAUCAAUCUUAGUUUUCAGCAAAAAAGAUGGCGGCCAACUUGAUAAGCAUCAAGAGUGACGGUGUUGUGGAGCCUAUUACAAGAUUUCUCUCAAUAUUCAACAUAGCACGUUUGGGUGUGGUCGAAACCAGUUUUUUUCUUAUUUUCACCUUUACUUCUUAUGGCUUUUGAUGAUUUGUUUUCUUCAAAAGGGGGAGGAUUUAAUUCCAGCCAAGCAUUUUUCGGGAGAAUGAGCAGAGUGAACGUGUGGAACUAUGUUGUCUCUUCUGCCUUUAUACAAGACGAAAUGUCCACAGGCUGUGGAUCGUGGAAUGGGAAUGCAGUGGCUUGGUUUUACUUCAAAGACAACAUUAAUGGGAAUAUAGAGAUAGUCAGGCCUUCAUCGUGUUCGCUUGUGGGUAAGUGUGUUCAGUCCCAUCCGGGAGUUUAUACAAGAGGAAAUCAGUUGCCUCGAUGCUGUAACGUAAAUUACAAGGCACUUGCUGAAUCCACCAGCAAACCACAAUGGAUGCAAAGGAGCGGUCCUAUUAAUAGGGACUUUACGGGACGGUAUGGAGAGGUGCAACUUCGGCGAUAUGAGGUGAAAAUCACUUCCAGUGUCGUCACCACCCCAGUUGAAGUGCGGCACUUUUGCUGACCGUAACCUUGUUUCCGGUACGGCAAAUGUCAGUUAAUACUCACCUAGUGAGAAGUAUGGCCAUCAAGGCAGUUUGCCCUACCAGAAAACAAGGCUACGGCCGGCAAAGAGAGCUGUACUGCAACUCGGGUGGUGACGUAGCCGGAGUGAUUUUGGCCUCAUAUCGCCGUAGUAGCACCUCUCAGUAGCGAAUCUUUAAGUCUCUAAUGUUCGUACAAUCAAAUUAUUUGAGACAGAAACGUUCGUAUUUAUUGAAUUGAUUAGAAACCACCCGAUUAUAAUACGCAUGCGCCGCUCUCCUUUAACCUAAUAAGGAGAAAUGCCCUUAAUGAGCACUAAGUAAUCUGAUUUUUUCUCCGACUGCAUUUCAGGGUCCACUGUACAGGCAGCUAGAGAUGCUUACUGUGGAAGCAGAUACUCUGAUCCUGCUUGUGGAACAACUAUAAGGGCAGCGUUUGAUAGAAAAUUUAAUCAAGUUGGAAAGCGAUGGCGCUGCUACUAUGAUAUUGCUCUCACUCCUGAUUCGCUCACUCAGUUACCUGUUUAUGAUACGGACACAAACUCGGAAUGUUUACAUUCUAUUGAAACAGAUUUAUUGGCCCUAGUUUAG